AUGGCUUCCACUUUCACCCCCGCCGAAGAGACUGAAAUCUCUCAAUGGAUCACCACAUCCACCCGCCUCUCCUCCGCUUCCCCAGCAGAACAACAACCCCUCCUUUCAGCUCUAAACACGCAUCUCUCCUCCCGAACAACGGUUCUGGGUACUAAGCCUUCGAAGGCAGACACUGCCCUCUAUGAGUCCCUCCGUUCUAUUGUCAGUACCUGGACCGCAGAGCAAAAGACAGGCGAGAACGGCCACCCAAACAUCGUCCGUCACCUCGACUUUGUGCAAAACUCUUCCGUCUUCGAUAUCACCGUCAAGGAGGAAGAGAAGCUCAAGGUUGAUCCAGAUGAGAUCCUCUACGUGAAACCACCAGUGGACGCCAAAGCUGAAAAAGAGAGACUGAAGAAAGAAAAAGCCGCUGCGGCAGCUGCCGCCGGUGGAGAGACCGCACUUCCAGACCGUGCAAAGGGCAAGAAGGAAAAGGGCAUUGUCGAGAAAGCCACUGAGAAGGUAGUCGAAGCAAAAGAUGCCGUCGUCGCAGCCGUAGCAGGAGGAUCCGAGCAACCUCAAGGCGGACGUCAAAAGAAAGAAAAGAAGGAAAAGGCUCCAAAACCACAAAAGGCACCAGCAGCAACCGCACCUCUUUCCCCAUCCUUGAUUGACUUACGUGUCGGACACAUCUUGAAAGCCAUCAAACACCCUGAAGCAGAUUCCCUCUUCGUCUCUACAAUCGCUAUGGGCGACAAACCCGGCACAGAAGACACCUCAGAACAUGAAGGUCAAGUCGUGCGAACCGUCUGCUCCGGUCUCAAUGGUCUCGUUCCUCUGGAGGAAAUGCAAGGGCGCAAGGUCGUCGUGGUAUGCAAUCUCAAGCCUGUAAAGAUGCGGGGUGUGAAAUCCUGCGCUAUGGUCCUCGCCGCGUCCCCGCGUUUGGCGCCCGGUGUGGAGGAUAACCAUGCUGGACCUGUGGAAUUGGUUACGCCGCCUGAGGGCUCGACUGCUGGGGAGAGAGUCUAUUUUGAGGGAUGGCAGGGUGAACCAGAAGGGGUGCUCAACCCGAAGCGUAAGGUGUGGGACACAAUUCAGCCUGGAUUUACUACUACGGAGGGAAUGGAAGUUGGGUUUGAUGCUAGUGUGGUCAAGGAGCUAAGUAAGGAAGGAGAAGAACCAAAGACUGGGCUAGGAAAGUUGAUUACACAGAGCGGGGGUGUCUGUACAGUUAAGAGCUUAGCGAAUGCGGUUGUAAGGUAA